UGCUAAUAUCCAACCAGUAAAGCUUUCGGAUGUUUUUGCAUAUCAAAACAAAAAAUAUACUGUACAAGAUUGUGUUAGAGUGUGAAUUGAAUUCUUGUUCUUGAAUUAUUGAAAAUUUGUGUAAUCUUCGCCGAUAAACUACUGCCAACAGUAAUCGGCUGCCAAGCCUCGGGAACAAUAAUUCCUGUUUUGGUGAGCGUGUACUUCUUUUGUUUAAAGAAGUCUAUUUUAAUAGCCAGCUUGAAAGAGACUUUAACGUCUUCAUUUGCAUGAACUAGUCGAUUCCGGAUGUGAAAGCUGCCGAGAAAUGACGUUAAAACAUGGCGAUUAAAGACAUCAAAACAUGCAUGGCUUGUCCAAUUACUUGUCUUUGCUAAAAUCUCUGCCAAAACUAAACACAGAGUGACCCACAAGCCUGCUUUCAGGCACUGGCCAGAGGAAGAAGCCGGAUUUGAAAUUUGGGUCAGCGCAACUUGAAGGGUAAAAGUCCACAUUGUUAGCAAGGCUUGUUAUUGAAAAAGGCUUGUUGGGUGCGAUUCCACGCUUUGGGUUUGAGUCAAUUUAGCGCGGUCUCGGGGGGAGCCGCAAACUCCUCCUCCCCACCGACGAGCGAAGUUGCCAUGAACAUAUUAAGAAUAACGACGAAGUUUAUUUUGAUUGAGCGCGAAUUUGCAAGUCAAAGCAGGGGUUCAAUACGCUGGCUAUCUUCUGUGUGGCACGAAAACUCGGCUGCCCGUUUUAGCGGAGAGAAAAAGACGUCUGUAAUCAGCGGGGGAGAAGAAAAGGGGCUAAAAUACACGGCGACAUUGGAUUCCCACAUCUCAACACUGUAAUUUUUGAUAAAAAUUUAGCUGUCAAAAAAGAGGCCGGGGAGAAGUCGCGCGAGCGGCAAAAAGGUGAACAGGGGAAUUCAAGAGAGGAGUACUACGGUGCUGUCUCAGGUAACAGGUGCCGACGUCAGGAGAACCCAAAAGGAAACGCGGAUUUGAAUAUGGAGUUGUUCUUCACGUAAACAACAUGUUCCUGGGUCCACAUCCCGACUCUUCGGCGGCCGCGUCGACACAAGAUGCUUUAGGUACGGGCCAUAAAGACGCGAAAAUUUUAUAUCGAAAGCUUUAGAGACGGGUGAGCGGGGGGUUGGCGAAGUGGCGUGUUUACCAUGUUCUUAACGAAGUUGUUAAAAACGCAUAAAAACUGUAUCACGGCAAUCGAUAGUCGCAAAAUCUCGGUUUUAUCCCCUUUUAGCGCCGUUUUUGUGUGCUCAUGGACUCUUUUAAAAUCGAAGAAUUAUCUAACAGACAAGUUAGGAUCCAAAUGCGGCUAUUGUAAUGUGGCACAAUGGUUUGUGUGUAAUAAUGCACACGGGAUGCUUGAAAAGGGGGAUUUUCUAGAUAUUAAAACCGACAAUUCUUGAUAACCGACAACUUUAGAAGCCGACAACGUUAAAAGCCGACAACGUAAAAACCAACAACUCUCUCGACGCCCGGGAAGUGCCACACUACCAUAUUUUGGUGAUCAUUUCACCAAGAAUUCAAAGUCGUGUGCUGCUCUUUUCGGUCAGAUCCUAACGACCCCCCGGGACUUAUUCUUAAAAAUCGCAAUAAAACAAUCUCGUGAGAGCGCAUUUAGGCUUAGCUGAAAAGUCGAGAGAUAUUCAAAUUCGAGAUCUAAACGAUGUAAUGUCUCCUCACUCGGAAACGUGUCUGCUCGGGCAAAGAUUAAUGACCGAAGUGGGGAAAACUUGACAAAAGGGAAAAGAGUAGAGACAAUUGGUGGCAAGUUUGUGUAAUUGGUGAGGGAGUGUUUAUUUGAAACUUAAAAAAAGGGUAAAACAAUAGAGACAAUUGGUGGCAAGUUUGUGUAAUUGGUGAGGGAAAGUGUUCAUUUUCUCGUAUUUGCCAUCAAAUAAUGCAAAGGAAGUUUCUGAUUGGCUUCACGGCCACACAUCAAGACCUUAGGCAGUGCUGCCUUUUAUGGCGUUACGUUUCCCAAAUUAAAACCGCUAAUCGAAUCACUGACAAGGACUGUGCUAGGUUUCGCUCCCGACAAAGUGCAAAGUAAGCGUGGUGCCUUCUACUCUCAGGCCCUAGGGUUUCACUAAACGGUGGUAGAGCCUAAAUUAACACUCGCUCAUCCACACAUGGAUCAUAACGGUAAUACCAAAGACCACAUCCAAUAUUUGAUGCAAGGUACAACACAUUUAAGUCAACACAAAGUUGACUUAAAUAUUCUAGCUUGAAGUUGUCGUUUAGUUAUAUAUUUCCUCUAGAUGGAAAGAAAAUAUAUACCUAACGUUUUGCAGGCUUUGGCUGUACGUACUUCUUGUAAGGUAUUGUACAACUAAUAUUAAUCACAUCAUUAAAAAAUCUUCAAUAAGAAAAAAACAGAGAAAUGUUUUGUAUCAAAGUAAAUAUUUUAUCCCUUGAAAAUGUUUUUGACUUAUUAAGAAACAUGUAACUAGUUUAACUUCUUGUCAGAUUGAGUAAUAAUUAAUAAGUUGGAUAAAUGGCGUACGGUACAACUCGUAGUCGUGGCAACCGCUUGCUCCAACUGCAGGCUCGCAUAUGCACCUUUGGAAAUACUUUACAUUUUAUAGCAAAUUAUAAGAUCACAUUAGUAUAGGUAAUCAUACUGUUUCGAGUCAAUACGGAAAUAAUUUGCACGGGUGAGUUUUUUUUAAAAGCUCCAGUUUUUCUUUUUAAAGAAGGACCUGCGGUAUAAUAGGCGCGCGCCUGGUCCAAGUCGUCAUUCCCACUAGACUUUGUCGAGGGCAGAGCUCCAUAAAAAGAAGCAAAAGAGAUAUUAUCAAGUUCGAAAUAAUGUUUGAAACAUCAAUGGUGCUAUAUUUUAAAUCUUCUCUGGUGACUGGACAGAUAAGAAAUAGAGAAUAGAGCGAUUUUAAAGCAAAAACGUUUUCAGGUUUUGUUAUUUUCACGCGCGCGCUGAAGAAUAGUGUCGUUUCAAACGAGCGCACGCUGUUUUCGAAUUAAAUUUUCAAUCACAAUUUUUGUCGUUGUUGAAAACUGCUCCCAAGAAGCUCACCGUCAUUGUCUUGUGUAUACAGAACAUUAUUUUCAACUUCGAAAUUAUCAAAGUCAAUCUACGGCUCUGCUUUUUCUUUAUUUACGGAGCUCUGUACUUGACGUGGACUAGCGAGAAUGACCACAGGUAGCCCAAGCUCUUUAUUUGUCCCUUAUGAUAUUUACGGUAAACAUAGGGCAAAAAAUCAAAAUCAGUGAAAAAUAAAAAAAACCCGACGUUUCCGUACUAAAGGAGUUCUAAAAUGUUAACAUAGCGUAGGAGGAUUCUUAAAAAAUACCGAAUUAUUCAUCUUUUACGUGAAUGGCCAGGCACCCUAAUGAUGACGGGUAGGAGGUCUUGAUCAGCGUCAAAGUCCUAAUGAUGAGUCAAUCCUCUAGAAUAAAGCUCUGUUCUGAUCAAAUAGAUCAAAACAUUCAACCCUGACAGCCAGAGUAAGAUAUGUGGCGACUCACUAUGCAGAAUUCACUGACUUCACGAGAAAUUGAUAUUGUACAUCGUGCAAAUAUCACGAGGAGAUAAGUUCUAUAAGAGUUCUAUAAGAAACAGAAAGGAGUGAAUACACCUGAAACAAGCAACAAGCUUGAUUAAUUGCCAUUUAAUCUAAACAAAGCCGCUAUCGUUAAAUUUUCAGGCAAAGAGCACGAAACAUUUCAUAUUAUUAUCAUAUAAAUAUCAGCGUUUUACGGAUGGAUAAACCUUUUUUGGGCAUAUUUUAGUUGUUUUCUCUGCAGGAGGCUUGUUUUGCCAGGGAAUAAGAGGGAAAAGAUAUUGUUCAUUUUCUCCUUCACGCAAAAAGUGUUUUUCAUUUUGAAAGAUUCGCCUGUUAAUCGAUAAAACACGUAGUUUGACUAUUCUUUUACUGCUUAAUAAUCGUCAAAAACGUGACAUCGCGUGUAUUCUUCUUGCAAAGGGUAAAGCAAUGUGUUGUUUCCCUCCCUUGAGAAUCGGCUGACCAUUUGGUCAGCCGAGUUUAACGCUGAUUAUCCGCUGAAGGAUUCACAGAGUGAUACAUGGCUCAAGAGGGAUAAGGAACUGUUUUCCCAUCUCCCUUCAGGCCAAAUGGGCGAUAAAACACUCUGUGUAGGGUUCUUAACGAUAUGCCAUAUCGACAAAGACUGCGAGGUCUAGCUGCGAGGUGGAAAGUCUGCGAGGCUGUGAUCGGCGCAUAGUAAUCUGUUAUAUAAAUUAAACAAAAAUAAGAGAUAACAGAUUACUUACCUUGCUUCGAAAACUGAUAGUUCUGAAUUUUAGACCACGAAAAAUUAUGAAAUCCGUAUCGAAUGCGCCGGUGACAGCCUCGCGCUAAUAACAGUUUGCUUCGCUCCCUGUUCAGCCGAGCGUAACUAAUUGUCCAACGGUGUCGGUCAAGGAGUCAAAUGGCUAGCGGCCAGGUAAAAGGAUUUAACUCGGAUGUUUUGCCACAUAUUGAAUGUAAGUGUACCCUGGCAUAGGUCUGCGAGAUAAAAAUAUUUCGUUUGUUGUAUUUUCCUCGCGAAUUUCGACGGUAUUUGAGGGCUACCGAAAAUGGCGCCUCCAACCUUGUCUCUUUUCUUAGUAGGGGGAGAGAAGCCAUAAAUUCCGUUAAUAAGAAAACCCCCAAUAUCGCGUAUUAUACAUAAAUAUGACAACAACAAGGCAUGUUCUAAGUUUUAAGGCAAUUUUAUUAGCAAUAUUUCACAAGAAAUCGCUACUUCAAUCCACUCGUUUUACCUCUAAGAAGAACAGCCGAUUCCAAGCUACGAACAAGUUUCAAAACCAUUGCCUGGGCUACCUGUGGUCCGACCUGUUGUCGUCCAAAGAAGCUUAAACCAACGAAUGCUUCGAGCAAAUGAGUACGUUAGUCAGUCUUUAAACCCUGAAGUUAUUGUACGCCGUUGCAUAGCCUCUUUCGGUAAAUAACUUAAUAAGAAAGGUGGAGCAAGGCAAGGAGAGAGCCAAUGAUUUAGGAAUAAGGAAUUCGAUGAAAAAGCAAAAAUAAAUAAAUAAAUAAAUAAAUAAAUAAAUAAAUAAAUAAAUAAAUAAAUAAAUAAAUAAAUAAAUAAAUAAAUAAAUAAAUAAAUAAAUAAAUAAAUAAAUAAAUAAAUAAAUAAAGCGGCGACGUUUAAACUACGGUCCCCAUCCUAUGUUAUAUGGCGUUUCAAACGACCCUAAAGCUGCAACAACAACAAGACAAGACAACUAUGACAGGUAAAAAUUGCGAUUAAGGCGCCUUUGAUACGUCGUUUAUUUCACAAAGAAAUUCUCUCCGUUAUUUAUACUUGUGUAAGGAGGUGAAUUUUUGUUUUUUCCCAAUUUGGGAUUCUAAUUUUGAAAAAAAGAAAAUUUUCUUUUUUGAAAGUACAAUAAUAUAGAGAAAAGCGGACCGGAAGAGUGGUUACGGCGAGAGCGGGAACCACGUACGAUGCCCAAUAAUCAGCGUUUACGUGGAUCUAGCGAAAGUACGAUCAGGAAAAAAACGCAUGUAAACAUGAUCAAAUACAAUUACGGGAUUUUUAAGACUAACAAAUCUACAAAGCCGGCGGCGUUUAGCAAAGUAAUUCGGCUCCUAUCUUUCCGGCACUCAAGCUCUCUAUUUCAUAUUUUACGACGAGCCGAUGUGGGCAAUGACACUCUUCUUUUGGCGACGACUGACCUUUUAGGGAAAGUUACGUUUGUACCAAGUAGGCUGUUAUAAACAAAUAACGAACACGACAUGAUUCUUUUACAUAUUCUGACGUACCAAUUAAUCACGGGUAUGUUAUGACAAAUAGGCACCAGUGUACUUAUCACGGACUGAGUGAAUGGACUCAAACAUCUAUGUGAUACACGUCUUAAACGUGUAGUUCACAUUAGAAACAGACGCCAAUCUUGGACAGUUUGCUCGGAGCUGUCGUAGUUUGCGAUCGAGCGGUGGCUGUUAGUUCAUUGUUGAACCGUCAUUGCGGUAACCUUGGUGAUCCCCGAUAUCUGCUGUGUGCGCUGAGCCACUCGACCACGGUCAGUGCAAGGAAGCCAAGUCAAAUACGAAUUUCAAAAGUCACCGAGUUAUGCCGAGAAGUACGAGUGAGGGGGACUAGUGAGAGCAAAAAGACCGAGACUAUGAUGCCGGUGUGACAAAAGGUAAACUGCCAACGCCUAAACGCUGGGUAACUCCUGCUAAGGCAGAGCAAGGGGGAGAUCCAAACCGACUGGGUGCAGUACGAGGAAAAGGGCCGCGCGGAAGACUGGGGUCAAGAUUCCACACCAGGCCCCGCAGUAACUCUAGCGUCAGGAAGACCAUGAAAUUACAACAAAGGACGCGCACUCUAUUAGUAAGACUGUUCCUCCUAACGGCUUACUCAUUGAGCGGCGCAGCGGUAUUCCAUUUGAUUGAAUACAAACCUGACAAGGAGCACUUUUGCGGUACCGAAGACACACGGGUAGAAACAGCCAUGGCCAAUCAGUUUAACGCUUCUAUGGAAGUUAUACGGGCCUUUGUCCAAGAGAUGUGCGAGAUAUUUGAAAGAACACAUAAAUGUAAAUACAGCCAUAACGACUGGAGCUACUACCAGUCGCUGUACUUCGUCGGCAGUGUCACCACGACCAUAGGGUAUGGCCACCUAGCGCCCAAGACCCAGUCAGGCCGCCUCUUCCUCAUCUUCUUCGCGAUGGUGGGCAUUCCCUUGAACCUCGUUACACUUCAGUCGGUGGGCGAGCACAUCAACCUCGUGAUGCACAUCUUAAUCCGUCAAGUGGAGAGAAACAUGCUGAAGCGCAGCUCGGUCAGACACGAGCACGUCAAGAUCUUCCUACUCAGCAUCGCUUUAAUCGUACUCAUCCUGCCCUUGGGAGGGCUCAUGUACUAUCGCUCGGAGCACGAGAAUGGCUGGACUUAUCUGGACAGUGUGUACUACUGCUUCGUUGCCAUAAGCACGAUCGGGUUUGGCGACCUCGUGCCGAACGAGGGCAGGGAACCAGAUUCCACGUACGAGCGAGUCAUGUGGUUUAUACGGCUGUUGUACCUCGGCCUGGGGCUAUCGCUGGUCUCUAGUGUGUUCACGUCUGUUAGUAGUGCUACCAAACAGCUCAAAGUGGCCUUUUCCUGCAAGCAAGGGAGUUACCAAGUGAGUCGCAACUCGCCAAACAAGCCGCCCCUGUCAAUCAACUACAAAAAGACGCCAUUCCUAGAAUUCCGAGAGCUCCUCUGCACCAGACCACUAGAAGCAAACGGCGUACGUACAACAGGUAUCCCGAAUGAUGCCUAUAGCCGAAUUGAGGACCGCUUCUCUAUAUCAUCUGCCAGUGGAACGCAUUCACAUUCGGCUACCUACAGUGAACCGGACGAAGCUUCGUGCCGCCGAUAUUCUAGGGGUGACAUAGACAAUGGUCAUACAAGGUACGAGAGACGACAAAGAAGUGUUUGCGAAGUAUUACCGAAUGGCUUUCCGAGCACAGGGCGAUAUCGGAGUGCAACCGAGUGCUCCGUUUUAAGUGCAGAUGAAACAAGCUUCAAGAGAUAUAAAAGUAUUACUGAUGACUUCAAUGACACCACCAAUAAUACGCAAGAAGAAACUCGGCCGAGAUGUGAGACAGCUGACUCAAAUCACAGGCAUGCUUCGAAGCAACAGUCAAAACAAUGCCGACCUAGGGAUGACUCGAGCCACAGUGAGAUUCCUAACAUUAAUAGGCCAAGUGCUUCAAUAAACACACCGAUCACUCCUCAAACUGACGGCACACCAACAAUAAAUCCACCAGGUGGUGAUCUCAAAGCCCCGUCUAUAAAUCGACCCAGAGAUGAUAAACAAACAUCCAAUGAAGUUACGCUGGCCACUCAACAAAGCGCCGAUGUCGCAUCAAAAAUUAAUCAUCGAUCAAAUUGUGAAGUAACAAAUUCGAAUCGAUCAAGUGGUGGUGUCAAAGCCACGACUAUAAAUCGAUCCAAGGAUAACGAAAAUUUAUCGACUGAUGUCACGGCCGCUGCAUUGGCUGACAGGAGCUGCUCUAGGACUCUUCUGGAGGAGAGCAGUCCUGGGAAUGAGUCCCAGAAUGCAACACGACACCCACAGCCAGGUGGCAGUACUGAUGUUGCUACGCGCUCUCUUGAAACCAAGGAGGGUAAUGGAAGGGAGGAAAAAAGUGAGAGUAAGAAAAAAAGGGAUUCUACGGGAGGGCAAUGGAUGGGACGGAAUUGGUGAGAGUAAGAAAAAGGGGAAACUAGGGGAGGGUAAUGGAAGGGAGGGAAAUAGUGAUUGUAAGGAAAAGCAAAGUCUACAGGGGGGGUAUAAAGACAGGGGAGGCGUUGAUAGCAAGGAGAAACAUAAACGAGCCAAGCGGCGAUGGAAACGGCGAGGAAAAUAAAGCACACUUAGACUUCCUAGGCACAAGGUCGGAUGAAGAGAUGAAGGGAAACGCCAUUUGUAAUAAGAACCAUGAGAGAAUUGAAAAAGGUGAAAACACUUAGGCUACAUAGUCUUCAAAUACAAAAGUUUUCGGCUCCUUAUGAGGAUUACUAGAAAGAUACUGAGCUCAACUUGCGUGAAUUGUGUUCUUAUACGCCAAGUAAAUGCAAAAGAUAAUGGGUACAGGUAGAAUUGCCUAGUCAUAUAAAGACCCCUAGGGGUGGUCCAGCCCAAACAAUGGCUACCGUUAUCUACCCAACAAGGCUUUGUGACACCGAAAUAUUUUUAAAAACAUUCGGUCGAACGGGCCGAAUGGAGAGAGUAUUCAAGACUCCGGGACUUUAAACUCAAAGCAGACUUUGGCUGCAAUCUAUUAAAUGAAUAUGUUGCACUGCAGGCUACGUGCGACCAGACGGGUGCUGAGAAAUAAAUAUGGUUAAAAAUUG